AUGGUACGAGUUGCAAUUCUGAUAGCGCUCUCUGUAGCUGUUUUAGCUGUUAAACCUGGCUUAUUGCAACAGGAAGAUAUUCUUCAUGCUGGAAGUGGAUGCUGCCCAACUGUGGAAACAAAAACUGUAGAUUUCGAUGAUUGUGUUGUAACCAGACAGGGAUGCCAAGGACCACAAGGAUGCCAAGGACCACCAGGAUGUCCAGGACCUCAAGGACCUAAAGGGCCUCAAGGAUGUCCAGGACCAAAAGGACCUAAAGGACCAAAAGGAGACACAGGAGACUGCGGCCCAGAAGGAUGCCAAGGACCAGAAGGAUGCCAAGGACCAAAAGGACCACAAGGCUGUCCAGGCCCACAAGGUCCUCCUGGAGAAAAAGGUUGCCAAGGUCCAAGAGGAUGCAGCGUUAAAAUUAUUGAGUACGAUGACGACGAAUGUGGAUGCGAAGAAGCUAUAGUGCACCAGUAA